AGUUUUGCAUGAGAUGACUUCAGCUUUUAACACGAGUGAUCUGUCCCAGCCCUGCAAGCGUGUUUAACCAUUCUUGUCUGUUCCCACUGACAAUUACCCAGAGGAAUGUGGCCCCAAUGUUGUAAAAAGUCCAAUUUCUUCAUUCUAAUUUAAAUAGCUGAACUUUUGAAAGAAUAGAGACAGAUAAAGGAAAUAAAAUGAGCUAUUAAAGAUCCUAUUUCUUUUAGGCAUGCUUUGAAUAUGCAUUAACAACCUGAUGCUCAUGUAUGCUUUGGACUAAGCCCUUUGACUUGCAAGUAAGCAUGCAAAGGAUUGCAGCCCUGAAUUCUACUCUCAGUAAAGAAAGAUCACUUGAUUUCUUGAAUCAAAAAGGAAAGUUAAGGGGAGAAAUGGCCACAGAGGAAGGUCAACCCCUGCUGGGUUCCAAGGAGCAAAAGAAGCAUUGGCAGUUACCUACUGAACAACGUUCUGUCACAGACAACUAUCUAAGGUAAAUGUUUCCAUAACCUUAUGGAGAGAAAGGACUUUGAAGCAUGGCUUGAUAAUCUUUCUGUUACGUUUCUCUCUCUGACGGACUUGCAGAAAAAUGAGGCGUUGGAUCACCUGAUUGGCUUGAGCGGGGCUGUUCAGCUCAAGCAUCUCUCCAAUAACCUAGAGGCGCUUCUCAAACGGGACUUCCUCAAACUCCUCCCGCUGGAACUGAGUUUCUAUUUGUUAAAAUGGCUUGACCCUCAGACCUUACUCACAUGUUGCCUCGUCUCUAAGCAAUGGAACAAGGUCAUAAGUGCCUGUUUGGAGGUGUGGCAGGCGGCCUGUAGGAACCUAGGUUGGCAGAUCGAUGACUCUGUUCAAGAUGCUUUGCACUGGAAAAAGGUGUACUUGAAGGCUAUAUUAAGGAUGAAGCAGUUGGAGGAUCAUGAAGCCUUUGAGACCUCCUCCUUGAUUGGACACAGUGCCAGGGUGUAUGCACUUUACUAUAAAGAUGGACUCCUUUGUACAGGUUCAGAUGACUUGUCGGCCAAGCUGUGGGAUGUGAGCACGGGGCAAUGCAUCUAUGGCAUCCAGACCCACACGUGUGCAGCGGUCAAGUUUGAUGAGCAGAAGCUGGUCACGGGCUCGUUCGAUAACACAGUGGCCUGCUGGGAAUGGAGCUCAGGAGCCAAGACCCAACAUUUCCGAGGCCACACGGGGGCAGUUUUCAGCGUGGAUUACAAUGAUGACCUGGAUAUCCUGGUCAGUGGCUCAGCAGAUUUCACUGUGAAAGUGUGGGCCUUAUCAACAAGCAUCUGUCUCAACACAUUGACUGGACACACAGAGUGGGUCACAAAGGUGGUCUUACAAGAGUGCAAAGUCAAAUCCCUCAUGCACAGUCCUGGGGAUUACAUUCUUUUAAGUGCAGAUAAGUAUGAAAUCAAGAUCUGGCCAAUUGGAAGAGAAAUCAACUGCAAAUGCUUAAAAACCCUGACGGUUUCAGAAGACCGGAGUAUCUCCUUGCAGCCUCGGCUUCACUUUGAUGGGAAAUAUAUUGUGUGCAGCUCGGCCAUUGGGUUGUACCAGUGGGACUUUGCCAGCUACGAUAUUCUCAGGGUUAUCAAACCACCUGAGUUUGCAAAUUUGUCCUUGCUGGGUUUUGGUGACAUUUUUGCCCUCCUGUUUGAUAACCACUACCUGUACAUAAUGGACUUGAGGACAGAAAAACUGAUCAGCCGUUGGCCGCUGCCGGAAUACAGGAAGUCGAAGAGGGGUUCAAGCUUCUUGGCAGGAGAAAUGUCUUGGCUCGAUGGUUUGGACGGUCAGAAUGACAUGGGCUUGGUGUUUGCAACCAGCAUGCCUGACCACAGUAUCCACCUGGUCUUGUGGAAGGAACAUGGCUGAAUAGAGCCAACGGAAUCUGGAAUGUGGGUUUUUAUAUAUAUACAUAUUAAAAAAAAAAAAAACAGAAUGGAGACUGCCAGCAAUGAAUCAAAUGGAGGAUGUUUUGCAUGAACCAAAGUUACACAAGGUUUCAUCCUGCAACGCACAAUCAUUUUUACCAUUUAGUUUUCAAUGCCAUUUUCGAGAGAGGGGAGGUGGGGAAGAGGAGCCAACGGGGCACAACAGAAAUGCCUAUUCAUUUCCUUCUUUUUCUCAGAAUGAAGGUAUCAUAGCAUCUUGACUGUUCCCAACAUUGGCUCAUAUAUAUUCAAGUUCAAAUAUACCCAUUUGAACCUAUUUCUUGACUGGUUUUAGCUUUCUUGGGGGUUGGGGAAAAAAACCUAUUCAAUGCAAGCAUAUGGGAUUGCAUUUCUUCCUCCCCUUGCUGUUUGGAGAAAAAAGGAAGUUGUUAACUUGAAUUUGCUUGUUUAAAAAUCAUCUGAUUCACAGCCAUUAUGUAAGACUUGAUUACUCCUAAAAGGAAUGCUGGGUAAUCAAUUUCUAUAGGGUGGUAUUACAUUUCUUUCUGUUUCUCUCUCUCACACUCAGACAUGUAUGAACAGAAUGUCUGGGAGAAUCCUUCAGCUUUGUUCACUCCUCUGUGUAUGAAGAUUUAAACUAGGGCAUUCUGUGGAGAGCAGGAAAUAAAGCAUUUUCCUCAGAAGAGUUGCUUGUCAGAUCAAGGAAGUUCUUAGAAAGGGUUAAGCUGAUAGCCUUUUAACUCCAGCACUUUGUGAACAGAAGAGUUAAGAGGUUGGUGGUAUCUCCAGUGACAGGAGAACAAUGGAUGCUGUUUAUAGUGUAGUCCAAAAUUUGAUGGGGCUGUCCUCUUGGAAUUUUCUUCAGAAAGAGAAGAUUGAUGUUGAAGUCAGAAAGAGCAAGACGACUACAGGUUGGUGAAAGGAAGCUGGCAUGAGGAUAGAUUAGAAGGAAGAUUCUGAAACCCAACUACAGAUGCCCCAAAGUGACUUGGUGUGUCAAGUUAAAAGCUGUUACCUUAACCCUUCAAACAAAGUAAAGCAACAUCUAUUGUUUUGUGAACAUUUCUUAAUCUGUUUCCAGCCUAAAGCCAAUGCUGAGCAUACGCUGGAUUCUUAAGUGAAGGAAUUUCAGAUUUAAGAGUGGAAGAUGGUUCUGUGCUGUCCUUUUCUUGGAGGUGAGCUGGAGCAGAAGCCACAGCCUUCUCCCAGCAUGUGCUAAUAAAAGUUUACAUGACAAUAUUAAUAAAAACAUCUGCCUGGUUCA